UUUUUUGACUACGCUCACAUUUGAACGCCUAGGUAUACUUACAAUAGAAUACAUUAAUCAAGUAUUGUUGAAAUGAAAAUUUUUGUAAAAAAAAAUUUUUUGCAGUUGAAUGUGAGCCGCCGUCGUGUUCAUAAUGAUUUCAAAGUUCUAUCGGUAUCGAUUUUUGUGGAUAACCUUGCUAUCUCUUCUAACAGUUGUAUUUAUCGGCAAUUUAUACUAUAAAUCAGUUCAAGAAAUACAAGUAUUAAAAAUAUCUAGAGAGGAUUUAAUACAUAAGCUGCAUGAUAUCGCUAAAAUGAAUGAGUUGGUUAACAAUAAAAUUGAUGUUCCGACGAGCGAUGAAAAUCAAGUACUAGAUAAUGAAAAUAAUUACACGGUUAAUAACAAUGAGUGUACAGUGAUUGAUGAAACAAACGCGACAAUUAAAGCUGUAGAUAUGUUUUCAAAUUUUGACUUUGACGCUGAUUGGGUCAAAAGAAGAGAAGGAAUUUGGCAAGAUGAUUUUGAAAAUCGAUAUUCGAAUCAGAUUAGAAACAAAAGUUGGUUUCCAUUAAAAGUAUUCAUCCUUCCUCAUUCUCACACUGAUCCCGGUUGGCUGCAAACAUUUACUAGCUACUAUAAUACACAAACGAAGAAAAUUUUAGAUUUGGUUGUUGAAAAAUUGACAGAACAUCAAGACAUGAGAUUCAUAUGGACAGAAAUAAGUUUCUUAGAUCUUUGGUGGAAGCAUGCAACCGUAGUGCAACAAAAAGCAUUGACAACUCUUGUGAAAAGUGGCCGACUUGAGAUAAUGACAGGAGGUUGGGUUAUGACUGAUGAAGCAAAUGUUCAUCUUUAUGCAAUGUUAGAUCAGCUGAUUGAAGGACAUCAAUGGGUUAAAUCUAAAUUUGAUGUUGCACCAAAAGUCGGAUGGAGUAUUGAUCCUUUUGGUCAAGGAAGUACUGUUCCUCAUUUAUUAGCCAAAAGUGGAUUUGAUGGUGCAAUAAUCCAAAGAAUUCAUUACAACUGGAAGGAAUGGCUUGCAAGACAUCAAUCUGGAGAUUUCUUUUGGAAAACUUAUUGGACAAAUGUGAAAAGUAAUGAGUAUACAUUACUGACUCACAACAUGCCAUUUGAUAUUUAUUCAACUCGUCAUUCAUGUGGACCGCAACCAAAAGAGUGUGAUGCAUUUGACUUUACACAUCGAUCUCCUCCACAGCUAAGUGAUAAACUAAUUGAAAAGAAGGCUGACGUUUUAAUGCAACAAUAUUCAAGAACUGCCUCGUUAUUUCCACAUAAUGUUGCCUUAGUACUGAUGGGAAGUGACUUUACAUUUCAAGAUGAAAAGUUUUUCAAAAAUCAUUAUUUUGGAUACAAACCAAUAAUGGAAUUCAUCAACAGCAACAGUGCUUCCCGAUAUAAUGGAGCAACAGUUCAAUACGGAACUCCUUCGGACUACUUUAAUGAAAUCAAAAGUCGUCUUGGAAAUAAAUUUCCAACCUUAAUCGGUGAUUUUUUCCCUUAUUCUGACAUUUUCAGUUCAGGACUUCCAGCAUAUUGGACUGGAUAUUUUACUACAAGACCCUUUCAUAAAUUUAUGAGUCGUGAUCUUGAACAUAACUUGAGAAAUGCUGAAAUUCUUUUUACAAUAGUAAUGAAUAGAAUGAAGCAAUCCGGUCGGAUGCAAGAAUCUCUAGAAAACUUCAUAAAAAAAUAUGAGAAUAUAAUUGAAGCUAGAAGAAAUCUCGGUUUGUUUCAACAUCAUGAUGCAAUAACUGGCACUAGUAAGAAAGCAGUCAUGAGGGAUUAUUUGGAAAGACUUUACUCAUCAGUUAAACAUGUUGUGUCUAUUCAACAAGAGUCUAUAGAAUUUUUAUUGCAACCAGACUUCAAAAAUUUCAAGAGUUCAAUAAUUGAACAUGAGUUACAACGUCCUAAUGCAGAGGAAUUUCCAACACAAAAAGUUUUGACGGUGACUAAAGAAAGUGAUGAGAAAAUUGUGAUAUUUAAUUCUUUAGUUCAAAACCGUGUGGACGUAAUUUCAGUUUUUGUAUCAACGACUAAUGUGAAAGUUAUUAGUACUGAUGGGAAAGACUUGCUGUAUCAAAUAAAUCCAAUAUUUGAUAGAAAAAAUGACUUUGAGCCUUCAAAUCAUAAUUAUCAAUUGCUUUUUUUAGCAGAACUGCCGCCUUUAUCUUUAAGUACAUUUAUAGUAAAACAUUAUAGUACUCCAAAAAUAUCAGAAGUGACAUGCAAAAAUUGUAGCCGAACCGAGUUUCAGUCGACCAAAGAAGUACUUUAUGUUCAAAAUUCCAAAAUGAAACUAAUUUUUGAUUCUAAAGGAUUUUUAAGUGAAGUUAAGCUUAAUGAAGGAAGUAAUAAUGUAAGAUUGGCGAUUGAUUUUGGAGCAUAUAGAAGUGCUCCUGGAAGAUCUGGUGCUUAUCUUUUUAAACCUAAAGAUCAAGAAUUGGAAGAUUUAAUUGUAAAAACUCCACCGAAAGUUUUUAUUGUUGAAGGUCCAAUCGCAUCCGAAAUAACAGUCAUUUAUGGUGAACUUUUGUCUCACACUGUAAGAAUUUUUAAAUCGGAUACGCACCUUGACGAUGCAAUUUUAAUUUUAAAUGAUAUUAACUUUGAAGUUCCUCCAAGAAAUCGAGACAUUGAAAUGAUCAUGAAAAUUAAAACAUCAAUUGAUAAUUCUAAAAAUGGUGAGCCUGAAUUUUUUACAGACGAGAAUGGAUUCCAGUGGCUACCAAGAAGAAAAGUCUCUAAACUUGGAGUUGAAGGAAAUUACUAUCCAAUUACAACAAGUAUGUUUAUUCAAGAUGAUUUCAAAAGGCUGACAUUAAUGACUACACAUGCUCAAGGUGCCACAAGCUAUAAAAAAGGAGAACUAGAAGUUAUGCUGGAUAGAAGAACUGCUUAUGAUGAUGGACGUGGAAUGGGCGAAGGAGUUUUGGACAGCGUAAAGAUGCAGCAUAAGUUUUGGCUAGCAUUAGAAUUUUUUGAAACCACCAAAUCUGAUUCUCAAGCAUAUCAAGUUCCAAGUCUUUUUUCCCACCAUCUUAUAAACUCUCUUAAUUAUCCUGCUAAUGUCUACUUCUUGAACGAACAAUUAAAUGAAGAACUCCAAAGUCAAAUUAAUCUAUUAAGUUAUAAAUUUUCAUGUGAUGUAAAUUUAGUCAACCUUAGAUCAUUAAGUCAUUAUGAAAAUGAAUUACUUCCAUCAAAAUCUUCAUUAUUGAUUCUUCACCGGUUAGGACAUGAUUGUCAAUUGAUAAAUGAUGAAUUUCAGAAUAGAAUAUGUUCAAAACUUAUAGAUGAUGAAAAUAAUCAAUUUAUUAGACAUGUCAAAAUUGACAAAAUACAGGAAUCAUCAUUAACUGGUUUAGAAGUAGAAAACAGCAUCACAAAGCUCAAUCAAAAGACUUUUGCUCCAAUGGAGAUAAAAACUUAUUUUAUUACUUAUCAAUAAAUUAUUACAUUUAAGAUGAUUGUGAGGUGACUGAAUUGUUUAAAUAAAAAUACCAAAAGCUAAAUUUUUGGCAGUUCCUUUUUAUGACAUUUUACUGCCAGUUUCAUAUAAUCAUAUUUUUGUUUCAUAAAUAUUCGUAUGCGCCUCAUUACGACAACUUCAAUAUGUGUUUAUAAGAAUCUCUUAUAACAAGAAUUUAACACCCGAACACUACAUAUAUCUAUAUUCCAGUCAGCCUCUUGUUGUUGCAUCAUUGGGGGCAUUUUCAUGACAACAGCAACCCAUUCUAUUCUACCUAUUCUAUAUAGAUUGCCCGACCCUUACUUACUCUUAGUUAUCCUACGAUGGAUGGGGAAGGAGGGGAGGGUAGGGUGGGUUGCUGAGUAGCUCCAAAAACCGGCCCCAGUUGGAAAAAAAUCUUUUUUACAGCUUGGAUAUGAUUUUUACAGCUAUAUCGUUUGUUUAUAUAUUAAAUAGUUUUAGUUAAAAGUGACAUAAUAUGUUUUGAUCUCCAUCGGUUUCAUGAUAUUUUUAUACAAUGACUUGACAUUUUUGUUUAUUUUAAGACCUGUAAGCGAUGCCUCCUGAAUUUGACUUAUUUUCGCCAAUUUAGUUAUUUGAUUAUCUUUAAUAUUAUUAUUUCGAGAACAAAUUAAUUCUUGGAAGUUUUCAUUCGAUAACUGACAUUCAUGCCCCAUACGAUGAAGAAUCAAUAAAGAAGAAUCUGAUGGGAGCCAUUCUAAGUCAAUGUGUGUUAUUGAUCUCAAAUUAAUUAAGUUUAUGUCACAAGGAAAUUUGUAAUUAAAUAGUUCAAUUUGAUUAUGAAGCUUGGCAUCAAUUUUACUGUCUACAUGAAAUAUAUUUAUUGGAUGAUUUAAAGAAUUUAUUAAAUGAUGAACAAGUAGACUUGGCACUUGAUAAUUUUCUGUAGCAUCAACGGCAUCAAAAAGUUCAAGAAUAAGUAUAAAUUUAUGCUGCAUUUUUACACUGUCUAAAAUUCCUUCUCCCAAUCCACGAUAGUCAUCAUUUGUUGUUCGUCUAUCUAACAUUACUUCUAGUUCUCCUUUUUGGAAGCUUGUUGCGCCUUGAGCAUGUGUAGUCAUUAAUGUCAACCUUUUGAAAUCAUCUUGAAUAAACAUGCUUGUUGUAAUUGGAUAGUAAUUUCCUUCGACUCCAAGUUUAGAGACCUUCCUUCUUGGUUGCCAUUGAAAUCCAUUCUGGUCUGUGAAAAAUUCAGGUUCGCCAUUUUUAGAAUUUCCAAUUGAAGUUUUAAUCUUCAUGAAAAUUUCUUUGUCUCGAUUUUUAUCUUCACUUCCAAAAUCAAUUUCAUUUUUAAUAGAAAUUGUCUCAUCAAGAUAAGUUCCUGUAUUGUAUAUUCUUAUAGUUUGUGUCAAUAGAUCACUGUGUACCACAGUUAUGUCUGAAGCAAUUUUUCCUUUUGUUACAACGAUUCGAAUCUGUGAAAAGUCUUCAAAUAAAGUUUUAUCUUCACUUUCUGGUUUGAACAGGUAUGCACCUGAUUGGGUGUAUGCACUGUUAUAGGCACCAAAAACAAUUUCAGUUUUUAGCAUUUUAUCCAAACUCUUAACGUAAAUAUGUCUUAAAAAUCCUGAAGUGUCAUUAAAAAUCAGUCGCAUUUUGGAAUUUUCAAUUAAUGGCUCUUCUUCCUCAAAAUCUGUAAUUAUUUCUGCAAUCUUGUCCUUGUCUCCAUUUUUAUCAAGGACGACUUUUAAGACAGUUAAUGAAAAAGCUGGCAAGUCAACACGGAUCAAUAAUUCCUUUAUAUCAACAAUUCGUCCAUAUUGAAUCACAGGAUUUAUUUGAAAAUGUAAGCUUCUUCCAUUCUCGUCAAUUACUCUUACUUUUACUUCAGAAACAUAAAUAGAAAUGACAUCGACUCGUUUUGAUGCCAGAGAAUUAAGAAGAAUAAUUUUUUGUUCCUUAUUCUCUUUCGACAAAUGAAUUAUUUUCUUUUCGGGCAUUUUUGUGUCCAAAUCAGUCUCAAAUUCAUAAAAUAUAAAAUUUCUCUCUUUUUCGUGACUUCUCUGUAAUAAGAAUUCAAUCAUUUGCUGUUGAAUGCUUAUUGAGUUGUUGAUUGAUGUUUGUAAUCUAGUAAGAUGAUCUCUCAUAACUAAAUCUUUACUUGUUCCAGUUAUCGAAUCAUGAUGCUGAAACAGUCCUAAAUUUCUUCGAGCCUUAAAAAAGAUUUAAUUAAUUUUAUCUGAAAUUUGUAACUCCAAAUUUAUUUUCGAUACCUCAAUAAUCAGUUGAUAAUCCUUCUCCAUUCUCUUUGAAUCAUUAAAACUCGACUUUGAUUGCCUUGCCUUAUUGUAUGCUAUACUGUAAAGAAUUUCUGCACUUCUAAGAUUAUGUUCCAGAUUUCUACUCAAAAGCUUAUAAAAUGGUCUUGUUGUAUAAUAUCCUGUCCAGUAAGCUGGUGUUCCAGACGAGAAAAUAUCAGCAUAUGGAAAGAAAUCUCCAGUAAGUGUUGGAAAAUCUCCCUCUUGUCGUUUUUUAAUUUCAUGAAAAUAUUCUGAGGGGGUUCCGAACUGCAUGGUUGAUCCAUUGAACAUUGAUAUGCUGUUUUUAUUGACAAAGUCAAUUAAUUUCUUAUAAUUUUUAUACUGCUGCAUAAACUCUUCUUCACUUUUGAAAGUAAAAUCAUCUCCAACAAGGACAAGUGCUUCAUUAUGGGGAAAUAGUGAAGCAGUUUUGGCAUAUUGCUCGAUUGCCAUUUCAGCAUACGAUUGUAUAUUUUUAUCAGUAACUUUUUGGAAAUUUCCUAAAGGAACUUUAUCAACAUAUCGAUAAAAGUUCAUCUGAUUGCAUCUUUCUUCAUCAGGUCCGCACGAUUUUCCAGUAGAGUAUAAAUCAAAUGGCAUGUUGUGAGUCAGUAAAGUAUAGUCUUUAUCAUCCCAGAGUGAUUUCCAAUAAAAUUCUUCAUACUGAUGUCUUGCAAGCCA